UCCACGACUACUUUUUUUGUUUCUCCUGAUAUCCCUGGCGUCUGAUGGAGCAUCCAAUGAAUACAUACAUGGUCUUGACGUGCAGAAGGUCAUGACUUCCGAUUGUGAUGGGGGUCCUUAUGGGUUAUGGUGGAUUUGGUGACUAUGUGCUGGGAUGGCUACUGUUACAUCUGGUGUCAAAUUUGGCGUUCUUACUCAAGCAUGGGCAGGUCUCGAACCUUCAUUGCAGCGAUCUUCUGGACGUGGUGGAGUCUGUUACUAUUAUGUUUGAUAUCGUCACCUCACAUGGGUCAAUGUCUGAGGUUCUGGAUAUUGUCGGUUGGCUGCUCCAGUCUCUGUUGUGGAUGACGUGCGGACAAUGAUUGAGCGUGGACCAUCUUUGUAUCAUACUACUACGAGACAUUAUCCUUGAUGAUGAAAUCAAAAGACCGAAAAAGGAGGCCUUCUG